AUGAGGGUUAAAACAGUCCCAAGGCACAGAAUACUCCAAAGAAAUACGAGAGUUGCAACUGCAGUAGAAACCUCUACAGACGCGGAAACUGUCACUGAUCUAAAAAAGAGUCGUGAUUCAGUGUAUACGAUGAAUGGUCAAAAUUUAUAUAAUCAGGCAUACGAGUCACCUUCAGCGAUUCUCAUUCCUGGUACAAUGUCCAGUAGUUCGAGCAGCGAACUGACCUUGUCCUCAUCCACCAGCGUAUCAUCAUCGCACACGAACGAUAACAAUAAUAACACAGAAGUUGUGAAUCUAUCAACUAAAGACGCUUCCAAUCGCGUCGAUAAAACUGCGUCAGGUACCUCCGUUGAGCCAGAUGAUAAGUUGAAGGACACGUUCCUCUACAAGAUUAUGACCGAUCCGAACUUCCUGGAGAACAUACAGAGAAACAAGCAGCUGAAGAAGUUCGUCUGCAUCUUCUGUAAGGAGGAUUUCACGACGUGCGAGGAAUUGACGAGUCAUAUGGACGUGAAGAAGAACGAUAGCAAUCAGAUCGCCUGUUGCGCCUGCAAGAAGACUUUUGCCGAGAAGAGGUACUUGAAGUACCAUCGGAGAUGUCACUCUGAGAGGACCAAAUUCACCUGUGACAUUUGUACGAGGAAGUAUACGAGAUUGGACAAUUUGACGAGACACAAUGUGUUACAUCUGAACCCCGAUAAGUUCCCUUGCACGAUCUGCAACAGGACCUUCACGCGCAAAGACCUGCUGAACAAACACCGGAAGAGUCACGAAAAAUAUAAUCUUUACUGCGAAAAAUGCGGCAAGUACUUUAGGAAAAUUCUCACGCUAGAAAAUCACCAGAAAACGCAUGGCGAUCCAUCGAACGCUUCUAUGAGCGCGGCUGCUCUCGAGACCGAAGUUUCUAUUAAGAAUAUAGAUCGCAAAACGGAGAAUAUAGCUUGUGCCGAGAAUAUAAUUUGUACAAUUGAAAAUUCAACUAGGGACGAGGAUUUAGUUUGCAAAACUGAGGAAUCAGCUUGUAAAACAUCGAACUUACCUUUCGAUGAAAAUAUUUGUUAG